GAGGACCCAAGCCUAUAAAUACCUGCCACCAUGACACAGCAUCCAAACGAGCAACCCCCCAAGGACAAUAGAACAGGCACUUGGGCAAACAAUCCCAGUAGACCAGGACACACAGGAUUGGGACACCCAGAGCUGGGAUCCCCUUCUGUACAAGAUGGCUGUUGACAGUACGGAUGGCAGCAGUGUGACCGUGGAGGAGAAGAUUGUCGAGGAGAGGCCUAAAUGGGACAACAAAGUCCAGUACCUGCUGACCUGCAUUGGCUUUGCGGUGGGCCUGGGUAACGUCUGGAGAUUCCCAUAUCUCUGCCAGGUGUAUGGGGGAGGUGCGUUCCUCAUCCCCUACCUGAUAGCGCUGGUGUUUGAGGGUCUUCCUCUGCUCUACCUGGAGUUGGCUAUCGGCCAGCGGCUCCGACUGGGCAGCAUCGGGGUGUGGAACUCCAUCUCCCCCUACCUGGGAGGAGUGGGUGUGGCCUCCAUGCUGAUUUCGUUCCUGAUUGGAAUGUACUACUGUGUCAUAUUGGCCUGGGUGCUGUGGUACUUCUUUCACGCUUUUGAGGACCCUCUGCCAUGGAGCGAAUGCCCUGUGAGGGAAGACCUUCAAGGCUAUGUACAAGAGUGUGUGGACAGCACGCCUGUCAACUACUUCUGGUACAGACAGACACUGAACGUGACGUCCAACAUUGAGACCAACGGGUCUCUGCAGUGGUGGCUGGUGCUGUGCCUGGCCACGGCAUGGUGUGUCAUCUACAUCUGUUUUAUCAGGGGCAUAGAGACCAUUGGCAAGGCAGUGUACAUCACGGCCACCUUCCCGUACCUGGUGUUGACCAUCUUCCUGGUGCAAGCUCUGACUCUCCCUGGAGCCACCGAGGGCCUCAUCUACCUCUUCACUCCAGAUUGGGAGCUGCUGAAGAACCCCAGGGUGUGGCUGGACGCCGCCACUCAGAUCUUCUUCUCCCUCUCACUGGCCUGCGGGGGACUCAUCGCUUUCUCCAGCUACAACUCAGAGAAAAACAACUGUGAAAGAGAUACGAUUCUAGUGGGCUGCAUCAACAGUGCCACCUCUCUCUACGCCUCCAUCUCAAUAUUCGCCAUCUUGGGCUUCAAGGCAAUGACAAACUACAACACCUGUCUACAGAGCAACGUCUUGGCCCUCACUAACACCUUUGACGUGGGGGAACAGAACAUAACCGUUGAGAACUACGAGAGCUGGCUAGUCAGCCUAAACUCAUCUGACCCAGCCCAAGUCUCCGCUCUGAAUCUGACCAAGUGUGACCUUCAGACGUUCCUGGAUGAGAGCGUAUCAGGAACAGGCCUGGCGUUCAUCGUGUUUACGGAGGCGGUGAUCUCCAUGCCGGGCUCUCAGGUGUGGGCGGUUCUCUUCUUCAUCAUGCUCUUCAGCCUGGGCCUGUCCUCCGUCUUCGGCUGCCUGGAAGGGGUUCUUGCCCCUCUCAACGACCUCAAGCUGCUGCCCAAGUGGCUACCCAGUGAACUCCUCACAGCACUCAUCGUUGCGGUGUCCUUCCUGCUGGGCCUGAUGUUCACCAUGGGUUCUGGAAACUACUGGCUGGAGAUCUUCAAUAACUACGUGGGCUCAGUCUCUCUGCUCCUCAUCGCCUUCUUCGAGAUCAUUGGAGUCGUCGUGUUUCGUGGCAUGAAACAGUUCAGUGAUGACAUCGAGUUCAUGACAGGGAAGCGUCCCAACCUGUUCUGGAGGGUGUGCUGGAUGGGCAUCAGCCCUGCUCUGCUGGUGGUCGUGUUUGUGGCCUUUGUCGUCAUUCAGGCCCAAAGUGUACCCACCUACCAUGCAUGGAACCCAGACUAUGUUGAAUUCCCCCAGACGGAGGUUUUGCCCUACCCUGAUUGGGUGUUUGCCAUGUGUGUUCUGCUGGUGAUUAUCCCAGUGGCACCCAUACCCAUCGUGGCCCUGUACAGACUCAUCCAGCGAUACUGUUGCCGAUCUAAAGCAGUAGAGCCAAGCAGAUCCUCCAACCCAUAUGCAAACGAAGGCUUUAACAUGGACACUGAUGGGUGACGUUUAUCAGUGGGCUGGUGAGCUGUACUAUCACACCGAGGACCGAUUCCAGCCCAAGGUCAUUCCCCGGUCCUUCCCCAUCUAUCUCUCCAGACUCAUUUUCUGUUUCUCUAUUUCUGUGUUUCUGUUGUUCUAUAUCUGUUGUUUUAUAAUGACAACAACAUGUCAUCAGAGAUGCUGAAUAGAUUCAGAUUCAGAU